AUGACAACCAAGAGGGAUCGCCACGAUCAAGAGGAGGACGAUGAUGAUGAUGCCAGUAAACAAGAAUCCAGUAGUCCAGCAAGUGCCACUCCUUCCAGCAUAGCUACAUCAGAAGGACUCAAGUCUCCAUCAACAGAAUCAAUACCUGGGUCUUCAGUAUCUCCUGCAAAGAUGGCUCCGCAGACAUCUCACAAACCAGCAUCUGAAGAGAUGACAACCGGAAAACCUGAGCCAUUGCAAAGCAGAGAUGGUUCAAAGACAGAAGAAAGUAAAUCACCUAGAGAAUCUAGCACAAGCGAUGGUUCAGUUGGAACAAAGAUCUCUCCCAGGAUAGAAAAGUCCACUUCAUUGAAAUCAAACUCAGAUGGAACUCAGGUGAAGAACUCACCUCCUAAAGUGUCAAGUCCAGGAAAAGCUUCUCCCCUUGUUAGUCCAAUAAAAGGAGAAGUCAAUGUUAAUUCUACUCUCAGGAAGACACUUGUAUCUGGCAAAGAAGUGACCAUGGUGAAAGGUCAGAUGCCUAACAAAUCAAUCCUGUCAGUGGUAAGUAACCAGAAAGCUGCAGAUCAAGGGAAAACAUCUUACCAUAUCAGUAUAGCCAAGUCUGAUAAGCAUGGUCCUCCCAAAGAAUCUCAUCCAAACCCUACAUUGCGUGUCCAACAGACUACUGGACAAUUACCUACUACUGCCGUGCUCAAAGACACAAGACUCUUGGUGACAAGCAACCCUGAAAAAACAGCGAUUCAAGGAAAUGUUGCUCAGCAUAAAAACCCUGAUAACAGUGUGACUAUGAAAAUAGAAUCGGGAAAACAGCCUUGUACCUUGAACACACAGUCUUCGAAAUUGGAAACACAAGCACUACUGCAGCAGUCAAAACUUAAAAUUAUGGGACAGUCGGGAGAACCACCAAAGUCUCCUAUUCAAUAUUCACCACGCCGUGCCAAGUCACCUAUUAGCUCUUUUUACCGUAGUGAGUCACCUGUUAGCUCUGGUCGACGUAGCAAAUCUCCUGUCAGUGCUGCAUCUAGCAGCAAAUCUUCUGUUAUGUCUGUCCAUGGCAGCAAGUCUCCUGUAAGUGCCACCCAAACCAGCAAGUCCCCAGUUACUUCUCCCAAUCCUGGAAAAUCCUCUGUUAGUAAAACUCAAAGUAGUGAUACUCCCAUUGCUGCUCCUCAGAGCAACGUUUCACCUAUUAGCCCUGUCCAUCGUAACAAGUCCCCCGUCUCUCCUGCCAAUGCUUGCAGGUCUCCAGUUGGUGCAGCAUAUGGUAGCAAGUCUCCUGUAAGUGUUGUUAUAACUAACAAAUCUCCAGUCAGCUCGGCACAUCGUAGCAAAUCUCCUGUAAGUGUUACUGUAAUCAGCAAGUCUCCAGUUGGCUCUACACUGAGCACCAAAUCUCCUGGAAGUGUUUCUCAGAGCAAGCCUACUGUAAGUUCUGCCCACGGAAGUAAAUCUCCUGUGAAUGCUACACAAGGCAGCAGGUCCAUUCUUGGCCUCAAUGCCAACUCUAAAUCCCCUUCUCACAAGAGUCCAGGUAGGCAGUCACCAGGCCAGGUUGCCCCACUAGACCUACGAGCAAAGCCUGUUACGUCAAGUGGACCACCUACUACAGUACAGAACAGUAGUUGA